ACGAUUAAUGCACUGUGACUAAAUAAUUCACUUAGUAAUCCUCUGUAUCCGUUCUCUUUGCCAAUACAUACUUGUUAGAGUUUAGUAUCGCAAGACUUCAUAACGCGCACGUUUUAGCCGCGAGCGCGACUAACUCCUCGGACAAGGCUCGCAAUUGCUAAUAAUUUUACAAACACACAGAGUUUUGGUCCGCAAUAUGAGCCAGAUGAAGCCUGUAAAGAAGGUGGGCGUCAUCGGGGUUCCCUUCGAGAAGGGCCAGAAGAAGUAUGGCGUGAGCGUUGCCCCAGCGGCAAUGAGAUACGCUGGUUUGCUUGACAAACUUAAAGAAAUCGAUGGUCUGGAUGUCAAAGACUACGGUGACGUAGACACCCACCCGUGCCAAGAAACGCGCCAAACAGUGCCCAGUGUAGAAAACAUGUCCGACCUCGCGUUGGUGUCGGUAUGCAACAAGCGGCUCUCUGAGAAGGUCUCGCAGGUGCUUCGGGAUGGGAGGAUAGCGGUCACGAUUGGUGGCGAUCAUUCCAUUGGAGUCGGUACGGUGGAUGGCCACUACAAUGUAAACGAGGAUAUGAUUCUAAUAUGGGUGGACGCGCAUGCCGACCUGAACACCAACAAGACGUCAGGCUCAGGGUCCGUCCAUGGCAUGCCAGUAGCUCUCCUGGUCAAGGAACUAUCUGACUACUGGCCUUAUCUCCCUACGAUGGACUGGCAAGUGCCCAAAUUUUCAAUCAAACGCCUCGGCUACAUCGGCCUACGUUCCGUGGACAGCUACGAGAGGUUAGCGAUAGAAAAAUACAACGUUCCCACAUUUGCAAUGGAAGAUAUUGACAAGCACGGAAUAGUGAACUCCAUACAGCACGUGCUUCAAGUGUUGGACCCGGAGCAGAAGCGGCCCAUCCACGUCAGCUUCGACAUCGACGCGCUGGACGCGCUCGAAGCGCCCAGCACCGGCACUCCAGUGCGCGGCGGCCUGACGCUCCGGGAGGGCAUCACACUGAUGGAGCUGAUCCACGCAACGGGUCGGCUGCGCGCCGUGGACCUCGUGGAGAUCAACCCGGCGCUCGGCAGCGGCGCCGACCGCGACCGCACGCUCGAGGCUGGCGUCGCCGUGCUGCGCGCCGCGCUCGGCUUCUCCAGGCGCGGCACCGCGCCGAGGGGCAAGCUCGACCUGCCCAUACAAACCCCGCCUCACAACUAAACACCACCCCUCAAAUGCGAGAAGAUUUACGAAAAAUAUUUUUUCCAAUGUAGGCAAAUUUUAUUUCCUACUCAGAAUCAGAGUCCUUUCGAUCUAGGACAAAAAUAAGAGAAAAAGUCCCAAAAUGUGUUGCAUUGUUUCCACUUUGUAACCGCUGUACAAAGUGUUUGAAAUAUGGUAACAAAGUAGAAAAUUUUAUUAUUCUGAGUAGGCAAAACAUUAAAUUUGCCUAUUUUAGAAAAGAAAGUUUUGUAUCUUUUCUCGCGAAAAUGUAUAAAUAUGAACAAUUGAACAUGCCAACCCAGUGAACCCACCUAUACAGCAUGAACCUUUUGAGGCCAAGGACCACCAAAAAGGUCGUCGUCUGUCGACCACUAAGGAUCACUUGCACCAACGAAAUGUAUAUGGAAUUUGACAGAUGACAGCCCACUAACCCUGAUGAGUUAAGUGAUUGCUGCAAGUGCUGCAAGUUAUAUGGCGGACGUUGUCAAAGCUACUUUGCUGCUGUCAGUCAAGUUUUAUAUUAAAGAAUAGAUUUAUAUUAAUUUACUCGGAAGCUGCGCACAUAAGUACGGUACUCUUGUUGUCUUCAAAUGAUGCCUAAUCACUUAGGAUAGUUAGGUAGGUAGAUUAUGCACAUUGCACAAGUUUUUUCUAUGAUAUUAUUAAUAUUAUGUACCUAUGAUAUUAUUAUUAUAUGUAUUAAAUACUUAGUAAUAAGUUAUUCCAAAUUUGGAAUAGGGAAAUCUGUUGAUUGUUAUCGAAUUAAAGUAUUUAUGGAAUAAUUGAAUAAUUUAUUAUGUAAAUUCAAAUACGUCUGCCCGAUACAGUCGACAUCAAAGGGACAGCGGCGUUCUACGAAUAUAGUAUUUAACAUGGUG